GUUGCCCAGCCUUUCUAAAGGCAAACGCUUAGAGCCGCGCUGCAGUAUUGACUAGCUGGGUUUUCCGAGGCGUGUGAGCCUACGAAACAGUCGGCUAGUGCUGUGGGUGGUUCCGAGUCGCUUUGGGAAGAGGCCGUAUUUUACACUUGAUCUUAGUCAAAAGGCCGAGAAGCGAUAAGAGGCCGCUUUUUAACAGUAGGGUGAGAGCUGUGGUGUUGGAAGAGGCAAAGCUGUAUGGCAGCUAUUUUAAGGGAGAAGAGGCUUUAAUUCCAGCAGCCGGUAGGCGAGCCUCCAGUCAGCCACUGUGCUGCUUUUACAGUUGCUGGAUCAUUUUGAACCGCCAAUUAUGAUUACUCUAGCGGUUUAUCAUCUUAAAAUUGGGCAUCCUGCGCAGUGGUAAGUAAUGAAGCCACGCACUAACAUCUUUAGUAAGGGCGAGCCUUACCAACGUGACAACGUCUCGACGCCCGCCUAUUGGUGUUCCAGUAAGCUUGCGUGUCCAGAUUGACCAAUCGUCUUGCAACUCCUAACCCUCCGCCAUCUUAACAUUUGGCACUUCCCACAGUACUAGAGCGCAACAAAGCCUCUAGCGACCUUCUUGAUUGAGGGCAGAAUUGUUGGUGACGUUGUGACGCUGCGCCCGGCGUUCUCCUAGACCCACGUGGAAUCCGUGCUCAGAAUGCUGCGUCGUGAGGCCCGUCUUCGCCGGGAGUACCUGUACCGCAAGGCCCGAGAGGAGUCGCAGCGAGCUGCCCAGGACCGGAAGGAGAAGGUUCGGCGCGCCCUGGAAGAGAACCGCCUGAUUCCCACCGAAUUACGCAGGGAGGCUCUGACCUUACAGGGUUCCUUGGAGUUUGAUGACGCCGGUGGUGAAGGUGUGACCAACCAUGUGGAUGAUGAAUAUCGAUGGGCAGGGGUUGAAGAUCCUAAGGUCAUGAUCACUACCUCCCGAGACCCCAGUUCCCGCCUCAAGAUGUUUGCAAAGGAGCUGAAGUUGGUGUUCCCAGGUGCUCAACGCAUGAACCGUGGCCGGCAUGAGGUAGGGGCACUGGUGCGAGCCUGCAAAGCCAAUGGUGUCACUGACCUGCUGGUUGUCCAUGAGCAUCGAGGCACACCUGUGGGGCUCAUUGUCAGCCACCUGCCCUUCGGCCCCACUGCUUACUUCACACUGUGCAAUGUGGUCAUGCGCCAUGACAUUCCUGACCUGGGCACCGUGUCUGAAGCCAAGCCUCACCUCAUCAUGCAUGGCUUCUCCUCCCGACUAGGCAAGCGGGUCUCUGACAUACUCCGUUACCUGUUCCCCGUGCCCAAGGAUGACAGCCACCGUGUCAUCACCUUCGCAAACAAAGAUGACUAUAUCUCCUUCCGGCACCACGUAUAUAGGAAGACCAACCACCGCAGUGUGGAACUGACAGAGGUUGGACCUCGCUUUGAACUGAAGUUGUACAUGAUCCGCCUGGGCACGCUGGAACACGAGGCCACAGCAGAUGUGGAGUGGCGCUGGCACCCAUACACCAACACCGCACGCAAGAAGGUCUUUCUGAGUGCUGAGUGAACCCACUUGCUGGUCAGGACGUGGACCUGGACCCAGGACUUGGGGAGGGGUCAGAAUAAAGUCUGUGUGCCACACCA